AUGCCGAGAUUGUGCUACAGCUGCUCGGGGGCCCUGCUGCUGGUCUUGCUGCUUCAGGCCUCCAUGGAAGUGCGCGGCUGGUGCCUGGAGAGCAGCCAGUGUCAGGACCUCACCACGGAAAGCAACCUGCUGGACUGCCUCCGGGCCUGCCAGCCCGCCCUCUCGGCCGAGACGCCCGUGUUCCCCGGCAACAGCGACGAGCAGCCGCCAACCGAGAACCCCCGGAAGUACGUCAUGGGCCACUUCCGCUGGGAGCGCGUCGGCCGCCGGAACGAUAGCGCGGGGCGGAAGCGCGAGGAGGAGCCGGCGGCGAGCGCGGUCCUAGGGCCCCGCGGCGAUGGCGCCGAGGCGAGCCCGCGAGAGGGCAAGCGCUCCUACUCCAUGGAGCACUUCCGCUGGGGCAAGCCGGUGGGCAAGAAGCGGCGGCCCGUGAAGGUGUUCCCCAACGGCGCCGAGGACGAGUCCGCCGAGGCCUUCCCCCUCGAGUUCAAGAGGGAGCUGGCCGGGGAGCGGCCCGGGGCGGCGCGCGGCCCCGAGGACCCGGGCCGGGGCGCGGCGGCCCGGGACGACCUGGAGGCCGGCCUCGCGGCGGAGGCCGAGAAAAAGGACGAGGGGCCCUACAAGAUGGAGCACUUCCGCUGGCGCAGCCCGCCCAAGGACAAGCGCUACGGCGGCUUCAUGUCCUCCGAGAAGAGCCAGACGCCCCUGGUGACGCUGUUCAAAAACGCCAUCAUCAAGAACGCCCACAGGAAGGGCCAGUGAGGGCGCAGCGGGCCGAAGGGGCUUCUCUCUCUGGGGGACUCGACCCCCGAGCCCCCUCUCGCCCGCCCAGCCCUCGUGCCGCCUCCCGCCUGGGCCUGGUACGAGCUCAGGUGAUAGCGGCAGGUGUUCAACCCCGUAAAGCUAUUGUAGUUAGGAAAUAAAACCUUUCAGAUUUCA